AUGCUUGUAGCUGUGGCUAGGAAUGCAUGGAGAAUUUACUCAUCUGGAUGUUUGCGGGGCUGUGCUGGCAAACUGCUUGCAUUGAGAUCGCGAUCAAGUUAUAUAAUCAUAUCGCGUCGUUUAUCUCAUAAUGAAGCGCACAUUGAUCAUAUCUCACUUGCGGAUAUUGAGGUGAUUACUGAACAGAAAGAUAAAAAGCGUUCAAGGGGUAGGGCAGAAAAGAAGAAUGAAGGUGCAAAGCAAAAAAAGAAAACCGAGAGUCUGAAAGCACAAACCAACGAAACCAAUCCUGAUGACUCCUUAACUGGUUUUUAUCAGGAUCUCAAAGAUAUGGUGGACCAGUUUUCAAAUAGGGUGGAUGGAGAAUAUGUGAUUUUCACACAGGUUGGAUCUUUCUAUGAGCUUUACUUUGAACAGGCCGAGAAGUAUGCGGGCAUUCUAGGAAUAACAUUGACCAGAAAGCAGUUGAAAUCGCAGAGUAUACCGUUUGCAGGAUUUCCGGAUUACAAACUAGACAAGUAUCUCAGGUUAAUAUUCUCAAAGGGGUUGAAGGCUGUGAUCUGCAACCAGCGAAGGGACGAGUUCAGCAAUGUCAUAACAAGGCCGAUUGACAGAAUCGUGAGUCCAGGUACAGUUGUUGAUGAAGGACUUCGAGAUUAUCACAGAAACAACCAUUUGCUAGCCAUCACUUUUCCAGAGGAGCCUUUCAAGCAUUCGGUGAUGGAGGGGAAAAUAGGUCUCACGUGGUGCGAUGUAUCACUUGGAACAUUCUAUGUGCUGGAAACCAACUUCGAGAAUCUUAUGGCAGCAAUCACUCGAAUCAACCCUUCGGAGAUAGUGGUAGAUAGCAAAUUUGAUAUUGAGUAUCUAUACAGUGGCAAAUGGCACCCGCAGUUUACGGACUUAAAGUCUUACUACACUACGAGAUUCCAGGUUCCUUCAACCAAACGAAAAUUGCAGGAUUACGCCUCCAAGUUUGCCGAUAACAAAAAAUUGGUGUUGUCGACAUUCGAUCUCCUGAAACAGAAGGAAAUCUCUGCAUCCAACUUGUUGCUGAACUACAUAGCAGAGUGCUUGCCAAACUAUAGUACAAACUUUCAGCUUCCAACCCGUUCCUUACCGAGUGAAGUUAUGCAAAUUGAUCCUCGCGCUGCUAAGGAUUUGGAAUUAACUGAAACGAUUAGGGGUGGAAUGAGAGUCGGAGCUUUGGCCAACAUCAUUGAUCGAACAGUGACAAAUCCAGGUGCCAGGUUGCUCAGCAGUUGGCUCUUGAUGCCUUCGACUAACAUCAAAGAGAUAAAGCAGAGACAACACUUCAUCACUUUGAUGUUGAAGUUCGGAAGCUUUACUGGUGAGCUAAUUCAGCUUUUGAAACACACUGCUGAUAUUAGCCGGAUUGUCAGACGAAUUGAUAAUAAUCGAGCUGCUUUUGCGGAGUACUUGGAAAUAUCAUCCACAAUUAGAUACCUCGAUAAUAUAUACGAUCUCAUCAAGGAGAGACCAGAGAUUUUCAAGGUCUUUUCUCCGAUAUUCAAAGCAUUUAUUGACGAUGCAUCUCUACACAAACUAGGAACGCAUAUCACAAAAACAAUCGAUUCUUCGGUUACUUUGAAAACAAAUGACAACAACAACAACAACAACGGACUGAGACCGGAUAUUACAAUUGCGAGAACAAACUGGAACAUCAAAGCUGAUGCAUCUAAGAGAAUGCACACACUUCGCUCGAAAUACGAUGACUGUCUGGAGAAAUACAAUCAGCUACUUGAAGAUCUUGCAAAACAGUUAUGCGAGGGAGAGACCACGGAUUUGUCUCUGAUCAGACAUCUUAAAACGGGCGAGUUUCUAGUCAAUGUUAGGAUAAAAAACAAGAAAUCAAAAGAGCUCAUAGAAAAUAUCAAAUACGAGAAGAAAUACCACACCAGGACCUCUGUUAAGCUUCUGGUUCCUGAAUGGAAGGAACUCGGUAACAGAAUGGUUGCGAUAGAGAACAACAUAGCAAUUGAAGAAAUGAACAUCACCAACGAGUUGAAGGCUAAAAUUUUCAAACAUAACAAUUCGAUAAAAGAAAUGUCCCCCAUCAUCGAACUAUUGGACACAACGCAAUCUUUUGCCAACAUGGCACAGGAGAAAAACCUAGUUUGCCCAAUAGUCGACAAGACGACGGACUUUGACAUUGUUGAAGGAAGACACUUGGUGGUGGAAGAGGGACUGCAGGACAGAUCAAUGGGAGUGGCAAACUUUACUUCAAACUCGUGCAAGUUGAAAAACGGGGAGGCAUGGGUUAUUACGGGCCCAAACAUGGGCGGUAAGAGUACAUUUUUGCGUCAGAAUGCUUUAAUAGCUAUACUAGCACAAAUAGGCUCAUUUGUGCCGGCAUCUUACGCGAGACUUGGAAUAAUUGAUAAGAUUUUCACGAGGGUUGGCUCCUCGGACAAUAUAUUCAAAAACCAGUCCACUUUCAUGGUUGAGAUGAAUGAAACAGCAAUAAUUUUGAGAGAGGCCACAGAGAGAUCUUUGGUGAUUGUGGAUGAGCUUGGAAGAGGAACAUCACCACAAGAAGGUGUUUCAAUAGCAUUUGCAUCCUUGUAUACUAUGAUUGAAAAGAACAAAAGUAAGGUCCUUUUUGCGACCCACUUUGGGAUGGAUCUGAAAAAGUAUAUAGACAAAUAUCCGGAGACCAAGAAUGCCGUUGAAUUCUACAAAACGGAUCUUGAAGAGCUUCAUGAUACAAGCAUUCCAAUCGACAAAAGAAUAAUAUUCCACCAUACAUUGUCAAAAGGGUUGAGCACACAUUCUCAUGCUCUACUCAUUGCCGAAUUGGCAGGCUUCCCCAAGUCGGCAUUGGAAAUUGCCAGAGAAAGUCUACCGGAUGAGACGACCUCAUGA